UUUUCUGAUCAGUUAAGCCCAUUUGUAGGCUAUUGCGGCAAAAUUAACAAGUAAACCUCCACCACUUAACGGAGGAAGCGACGUCAGUAACUCAGGGUUUACAACACCUGUGCUAUUUCCUACUACAGCAAAAUGUUUUGAACUGUGUAAAUUGAAGGAUGGUCACCUCAAGCCUGAAAGUGAAAUCUCAUUUGAGCCUCUAACUACUGGAAGACAAGUGUUCAACACAAAGACUAAGACAUGGAGCGUCAUCCUUUCUCUAUUGAAAGCAUUUUAAAAGACACACAAGGUCCUAGCAGCAUCCUGAAGGUAGCACCGACUUCUGAAGCCUUGGCACUGGCAGAGAGAAUGGCAGACAUUAUAUUAAAGGUCAGCUGUAUGGAAGGACGGAAAAUUCGGCGCACAAGAACCACAUUCAACCAGUUCCAACUUGAGACUCUCGAGAGGACAUUUGCCAGGACUCACUAUCCAGACCUUAUGUUAAGAGAGCAGCUGGCAGCUUACACAAGUCUGCCUGAAUCACGGAUCCAGGUGUGGUUUAAAAAUCGUCGUGCCAAGUAUCGUAAAGUUAAAGGAUCUAAAGAAACAGGUGAUCUGGAAAGUGAGGAUAAACAAGAAACAAAAAAGAGGAAAAAUGUGGACGAUGAUGAUCCUCAAGAUGUUGAAGGUUCACCUGUUGAGGAUGAGGCCCAUUCUUAUCACCCGAAUAAGCAGCUGAAGGUUGACCGAGAUCUAGAAGAACGUAGUAUUGCACUUCCUACACGUCCAGCUCCACUAAGCCCUGCAUACGUGUCAUCGCCUUUCUCUUCGAGGUCUUUUCCAUUUGAUCCUAGGCUGCUCUCAGGAUAUGGUUAUGCUCAUGCGCCUGAGUGGCUUUAUUACGACACUGUAAACUAUCCCCAGCGUACAGUUAAUGUGCAACAGCUGUAUCCCAACAUGGCAAUUAUUCACUAAGUUUAUAAGAAAAGCUUUAUUGUAAAAUAUAAUCAGCAUUUAUUUAUUAAUAUUUUCAAAGAAAGAACAUGCUAGGAAUACGAUGAGAGACUCAUGCUUACAAAGCCAUAUUGUGAUGUAAACAGCGCAGACUACAGCUUCUCUCGCACCAUCAAUGUAAUUUAUGGUAUCAUGUCUGUAAUCUUUACAGGAAUGUAGAAAGUUCUCUCGUCAGGGCAUAAAAUCUAGAAGAGGUGACGGAAAAACGCCUUCAAAAAUCGUCUGUUAGGUAAAACUUAAGGCAAAUGUAAAUAUUGAAUGUGUAUAUACAUUUACAGAAAAAAAUUUUGAUAUCAGUCAAACUUAUUUAUAAACAUUUUUGUAAUAUACAUUUAUUUAAGUCAUUUCUCAAGUUUAUACCUUUGCGCUAUUAGAAACUAGUAUGUACGACUGAGUUUGAAUUGAGACAAUAUUAGUAAUAAAAUGGAAUUUAGUUCUAAA